AUGUUGAUACUACUGUUACUGGUAUCUUUUGUUUGCGCAGAAAACGAAUUCAAGUGUGAACAAGAGGGGCUUUACUGUGUGAACGAUGGAAAACACGACACACAAUACUACGAAUGCUCGGAAGUGUUUCAAGGGUAUAAGCCAUGUGUUCUUGGGAAGAAAUGCACUUCGAAAGAAAGAGUUGCAUUGGGUUUCAACCCAUGUACAACUCCUUCAAAAGCCAAAGAAGGACAGAACCUUUGUUUGAACAUGAAAGGGUAUUACUGUGUGAAUGAUGGUGAACACACAACUGAAUUUCUCUUGUGUGAAGAUACAUACAAAGGAUAUAUGAAAUGUCCUAAAGGAACACAUUGUGGAUUUAAAGGACAAGUCCCCGAGAACAUGUCUCCAUGUGUAUUAGAUGAGAGUUCAAAACAGAAAUCGGAAGAGAAGAGUACUUCAAAAUCGUCUGAAAAGUCCAAAGAGCCAGACACGCCAUCUGUAGACACGCCAUCUGAAGAAGAUAUUUGCAAAGAUAAGUCGGGGUAUUAUUGUCUUGAUGAUGUUGAUUAUGUAUACCAGUAUCUGUGGUGUAGUGACAGUUAUAAAGGAUACAUGAAGUGUCCCAAAGGAACAUAUUGUGGGUAUGACGGUAAAGCACCCGACAACCAAUCUCCUUGUGUUCUCGAAGUGGAACCCAAAGACAUAAUUGACCCAAAAGACCUUUGCAAGAAUGAAGGGUUUAUGUGUAUCAACGACGGUAAACAUGACAGUCAAUAUUUGGUCUGUUCUGAGAGUUACAAAGGGUAUAUGUAUUGCUCUGAAGGUACUAAAUGCAGCGGGAAGAGUUAUAUGAAUUUCACUGAAAAUCCUUGUGUUGGAGUGGAUAGGACAGUUGAAUGCAAAAAGGACGGGUUUUUCUGUUUGAUAGAUGGGAAACACAACGACAAAUACUUCCAAUGCUCUUCUGAGUUUACUGGAUUCAGACAAUGUCCAAAAGACACGUGGUGUAAAAAGGAACAAAGCGAGCCUUUUGAAGAGUCUCCAUGCGUGUGGUUGGACCAAACAGAGUGGUAA